AUGAAAUCAUCCUUUGGCCGAAAUGAUGACAUUAAUAGACUUGUCAAUAUUUUCACGGACGACUUCAGUAUCAGUAUACCCCGCAGUGUUCUAGUCGAAUCAAGUCAUUUCUUUAAGGCUGCUCUUCAAAGCGGCAUGUCGGAGUCACGCUCUGGUGAAUUUUUCCUCUCUGAGUUUUCACCACGUCAGUUGCAGCACCUGCAACAUUUCCUUUCGGAUAAUGACCUCUUUACCAGUAAAGUCGAACCUCUUCAGAGUGAGGGUGGGCAGUCAAUUUCGUCUGACUGUCAAAUGGAAGAGCAAGUGAGGCGUCUCGUGGAGGCUGCUUUCAUUGCAGACUAUCUGCAAAUGCCUCGUUUUAAGUCCAAACUGCAGACGCUAUUCAAGUACCUCAUUCAGUCACUUACACAUCCUCAAUCACCUUGUUUUUUGCGCUUUCAUGAUUGCAACACCUUUACUGAGAUGAUUUUGAUCCUCUCGGAUAAUCGCUUGAAAUGCUUGAAGAAACCUCUCCUCCGACUUAUCUACCGUUGCCCUACCGUUCUUCUGGACUCAAAAUUUGUCCAUUUUGAUACUUCGCAGCCCUUUUUGAUCACAUCAGUGCUUCAGACACUGUCCUCUGACAAGAUUUUUCUCUACAAUGAAGACGAGAUUCUCAACAGCGCCUGCGAAUGGAUUGAACACUCACUUACACCACCAAAACAAUGUAGAAGUGGGAACGAUACCAUCACUGAAAUACUGCUCUCUCUCGUCCAUUCACUCCGCCUGGGUCUGCUUAGUCCCUCGGGUCUACAACACCUAGUCAACCUUCUUAACGAGCACCUACAACACGUGGCUUUAGAUGCCACUCUCAGCCACUGUCUCUCCUCUACUCGAAUGCUCCUCUCGCAGAAUUUGCGCUCCCAUUUUCAGGCCGCUCUCUCUGCCAGUCUCAUGCGUCCUUCACCUUUUCACACUGCCGCCUUUCGUCCUCGUGCCGAUGUGCCCACACUGGUCCUCGUGGCACGUCAAAACUCGCCCUCCUCCUUUAUCCUUUACUUCCUCAACCUUCUCACUGGUCAAGUGUUGAGCAGUCCCACUCCCCUCUCCGUAGAGCGUACUCUUCUUUUUGAGCCCAGCGAGAGCAACCCGAUCCACCUCUGCACCGCAGAGGCUGCUAGCUGCCAAAAUCUAGUCUUCCUCUUUAUUCAUCAAAUCAACACGGCCACUCUAAAGGGCAUGGUAUGGGAUCUGGCCACGCUGCAAGCCGAGUGGAUGCCCGAUUUGGAUCUGAAACACGCCUCCUUUGCUUGGGCCAGUACCUCUUUCUCCACCUUUUCUCUACCCCAUGCUGUAGGCGUGGUCUAUACCGCGGACGGUCUGAUGGUCUACUGCUCCUUCACGCUGUGCACUCAGACAGUGCUCUGUGUCUACCGCUUUGAUGCGCCCUCAUGGCGGUGGAUCAAGUACCACCCCAAGGCGGUGGAACAGAGCUCUGCGGCGGGACACAAGGUACUCAAACCUAUGUCCCAUGCAACUGCGCAAGGAGUGGGGGAACGCUGGCUCUAUGGUACGUUAGACUCUGCAGAGGGCAGUCAAUUCAUCCGUAUUCGACCCGCUGCAGCACCCGGCUCUGGCGACUACUCGGUACAGGUUCAAACCCUCCCUUCACCUGACUUCAUUCUGCGUGCAUACAAUCUGGUCAGUGUUCAUACAUUUGCUGCUGGUGAUGAUGGAGAUGGAGGAACAGGCCGUGCCGCAUUCACUUUCCCCUUCAACGCCUGCCAGCGCGACAGCCAGGCAAUGCGAAUGUGCUACUCGCAAACACAAAAUGCGUGGAACUCCUGGGAGCCCACUGCGUCUAGUCCAGCUCUCACUGCCUCUCCCUCUUCAUCCUCAUCCUCACUCUCUCCUACUACCUCCUUUUUAUCAAGUUCCACCGAGCCACUCCGCUUUGCUCUCUCCCGCAAUCACAUCGGCUUCCGAGGUGUUGUGUGCACCAGUGGUCUCGCUAUUCCACGUCACCGGCGCUCCGUAGGGAACGAAGAAGAGGGAGAAUUGGAGGAAGGGUCAGAAAAUGACAUUGAUGUGGAGAUAGAGGAGGAAAGCAGUGGCACAGCAGAGGACCGUACGAGUUUCCUGCAUCCAGGUGCCUACUUUGUGAUGGCGGGUCGACUGUCGCAGUCGGUGUCACCGCCCUCACCCAAGGUCUCAGGUCUUUGGCUCCUCGAUCCAUGGGCUGCACGCGCUGCCAGUGAUGCUCGGGAGCCUACCUUCCCCUUACCGCCCGAUUUAGAUGGACUGUUGCACCGCGCCACUGCGGUGUGCGGCGCUGUUGGACUAGCCAAUUGGACAGGCCUACGUGCCGCUGUGACAUGUUGCUGUGGUGGACAGGAGACGCAGACGGCUAGACCACCCCCAUCAUCCCAAUCCUUGUUGCUUCCUUCUAUUAUGAGAUUUGCGCGUCCACUUGCAGAGAACGUCGGUGGCGGCAGUGGAGGCCUAUCCAGCCUCUCCGCCUCCGCUGCAAAGUUGUUCGCUUUCCAUCACCGAAACAGCGGUGCUGGCAGUGAUUCCGACUAG